AUGAUUGAAGGUACAUCGGUGUUUUCUGGGCGCAACAUUCCCAAAGGGUCUGGGAUCUACGAGGUGAUGAACGAUGGAAGGACAAUGCUGACGGCAUCCAACAAGGAAAGGAAGCUCAUCCAGCGCAGGAUCAAUCCUCGAGACAUAAGAUGGACAACGACAAGCAGAGAGUUCUUUGGAAAGGAAUCCCAGUAUGUGGUUGAGAAGAUGAAUGUGCAGAAGGUAAAGAUUGUGCGUGGGUUCAGGCACAUCAGCGCCAGCUCGUUCGAAAAGGCCAGGCAGACGGGGUCUUCGAAGAAAUAA